UCUUAAACAAACACAGCGAGAGGCAGGCGAAAAAUAAUCUGUAAAAAAAAAGGCAGCCACAAAGGGGGAGGAAUAAAAAUAACAACGAGAUACUCCCAACAUCAGCUCGGAAAGUCUCCAAGAAAUCCCUUCAUCUGUUUCUCAUGGACUUCGAACGUAAAACUCUGAAAUAGGUGGAUCUGAGCAUGGCCCUCACUCAGCUGCGAGAGGACUACUGCUUUCAAAGCACUCCCAACCGGGGUGGCAGCAAUAUGGGACUUAGCACUUUCUUACUCCUGUACUUGCCUUCAGUACUUGCUAACCUGGCAACCGUGGAGCCGACAGAUUUCACUUACCAGCUACCAAUUGUAAGCACAAUCGGUGUGAAUCCGAAAAGCCAGCGCUGGAGACGUAGCUCGCCGAUCAAUAUCGACUCCAUCAAAACAUUGGAGGCUGAAGGGGACCGUUUGAGCCUGGAUUUAGUGGGGGCCAGUCUUGCCAUCGAUACCCUGCCAGACAAUGGAACCCAAAUUGUGGAAGACCACCAUAGCUACUAUAAAUCCAGAAGCUACGGACCAAAUGACUCCAAAACGAAGGAGCUCUGGGUUGACUUUGCAAAGGUGGAUAAGAACAAAGUGAGAGUCCAUGGAAUUCUCUCAAACACACACCGACAAGCUUCGAGAGUGAUUCUGUCUUUCGAUUUCCCUUUCUAUGGCCAUUAUUUGCGCCAGGUCACCAUAGCAACAGGAGGUUUUAUAUUCACUGGGGAGGUCAUCCAUCGGAUGCUGACAGCCACUCAGUACAUUGCCCCACUUAUGGCCAACUUUGAUCCCAGUUACUCCAGGAAUUCCACCAUCAGAUAUUUCGAUAACGGGACUGCAUUCGUCGUCCAGUGGGACAAAGUCUUUCUGCCGGACCGGGAGGACAUUGGCAGUUUCACCUUUCAGGCCAUGUUGUGUCAAGAAGGGCGGAUUGUGUUCAGUUACAAGGAUGUUCCAAUAACUGUGACUCAGAUAAAUUCUGCGCAGCACCCUGUCAAAGUUGGGCUGUCUGACGCCUUCAUGAUAGACCACAAGGCACCACAUGUUCCUGAUGGUCAGAGACGAAUGAUUUAUGAAUAUCACAGGGUGGAAAUAGACAUGACGAAGAUCAGCAACAGCUCAGCCUUAGAGUUCACCCCUGUUUCUAUGUGUCUGCAACACCUGAGUUGUAAUGCCUGUGUCCACGCUGAGGUCCGCUUCAACUGCAGCUGGUGUGGUGUUCUCCAGAGAUGUUCCAAUGGGUUUGACCGACACCGGCAGGAAUGGCUGGACUAUCACUGCAUGGAGGAGCACAGUGGCGAGCUCUGCGAGGACUCUCCAGAACAUUUUCCAGACAUUUCCUCAACAGCAACCCUUCUAAAUUCAUUGGAAAGUGACGUCACCACCACAUCAAUGCUGGUCUCAAGCAGCCUCGCAACAGAAGAUGACACAAAAGUGAUUUUUCAUCGGAAGGACGAGGAUAUCACAGAUGACAAUCCCUCAGAGAAGAAAGGUCCUUUGCAUACUGGUGUGGUGGUGGGCAUUGUGCUGGCGGUUAUUGUAAUCGCUGUCAUUAUACUAGGCAUCAUCUACAUUACUAGUCAUCCCCUGUCUCCCGCUGCCUUAUUUUUUAUUGAGCGCCGCUCCCACAGGUGGCCAGCAAUGAAGUUCAGAAACAAUGCUGGACAUCCUACCUACACUGAGGUAGAGCCAAUGGGUCACGACAAAGAGGGAUUCCUGGAAGCUGAACAGUGCUGAAAUCCACAUGAAUGAAACACUUGGCUGGACAAAAAGGCCAUGGACUUCCAAAAUCAUGACAUACAGAGCUGUACUGUACUCAUUUCUCAGCUACUGUCUGUGGAGGAUUACCUUGCAAACCAGCCUCAUGCAAAUGAUGGAAUAUUGUCACACUGCUAACAGGCAAUCGUACCCAUGUCAGCAAGAGACAUUUAUUAUAGUAUAUAUGAAGAAUAAGUUACAACUGAGUAUAUGUACAUUUAUUUCUUUGAGAACCAGUUGUGUUCAGAUCCAUAUAUAUAUUAUAUAUAUAAGACAUACCAGGGUAUAGGUGGACCUUAUACAAUGGAACAUUGUCACCCACUUUGCUGGGGAAGUGGGUGGAAUUUUGAUUUGAUUUAUAUAAUUUAUAUAGUUCAGUGAAUACAUCUUGUGUCUCAUCCCUCCCUCUCCACCCCUCAGAGAUACAGGCUGUGCACUUCUCUGAUGCCAAUAAUUUGGCAGAUGAUUCACACUCAUAGCAUCACCAGUGCCAGUCAGCUCCCCCUGCCUGUGCCCCUGAAGGUAUCACCUCAUGCUGGGUUGUGGUCCCACAUAUCUGCAGUUCCUCAUCCAAGUAUCUGUGUUUAAUGUGCACGCAUAGUGGGUCUGUAGGGUAUUCAGCAACAUGUGGAGGAGCACAACUGAGAUCGUUCUGCCCACCGGUCACACAUGCAUAUGCACAUUAACACUCGCACAUACAAUGCGCACGCACAAUAAACCUACAUUAAUGCAGAAAUGUGGAAGCACAUGCAUGUGUAUAUAUGCGCACACACAUGCAUGUAUAAAAUACACACACAUACUUAUACAUACACGUAUGCAAACAGUUAAAUGCGCACACGCACACCCCUUUUCAGCACAGAUCACUGGGGAUUGACCAGGAGCAGGAAGCCCUCCAGACUCAUUGACCUCUCCCCCUAGUUCAUGGGCUCUCUGGCCAGUUGCAGUGCCCCUCCUGCCACCGCAGCUGAGGUCAGAUAACAUGUCACAAUCCAGGAACUGAAAGAGGGACCAUCAUGAUCUGUUUACCAAACCACAUGGCGCAUUCACCCACUGAACCCAUUGGGGGAGCAUAUUUCUAAUUAAUUGCAUUGUGUACACAGCCAUCGGUAAGGAAAGGCAAAAAGGCUUGUGAGCAUUUACCUUCAAAUAGCAUUUGUAAAAUUCAAGAGCAGAUUCUGCGUGUCUUGUUAUCGGAGUUGAUCAUUGCUGUAAUUGCCUCAUGUCUCACUUGUUCUGGUGCAAAUAUAGCUUUCAAAAUGUUA